CUCCCUACAACUUGGGACUCAGAAAGUGUGAACUCAGAGCAGCUCUGCACUCCUGACAGUGCAACCCUGCGAAGCCACUGCUCCCCAACUGGACCGAAGGAGAUCACAAGGCAGGAUCCUUCCAAAUCUGCAGCAUGGAGCUACUCCAGGACUUCACCCGCCCACCGCUGGUGCAUGUGAAGGGAAUCCCACUCAUCAAGUACUUUGCAGAAGCAACUAAGUUGAUGAAGGAUUUCCAGGCCUGGCCUGAUGAUCUGCUCAUUAGCACCUACCCCAAGUCUGGCACCACUUGGGUGAGUGAGAUACUGGACAUGAUCUACCAGGGUGGUGAUCUGGAGAAGUGUCGCCGGGCCCCCAUCUACAUGAGGGUGCCUUUCCUUGAGUUCCAAUGUCCAGGCAUUCCCUCAGGUCUACAGUCUCUGGAAAAAACACCAGCUCCACGCCUGAUCAAGACACAUCUACCUCUGUCCUUGAUUCCCCAGAGCCUGCUGGAUCAGAAAGUCAAGGUCAUCUACAUUGCCCGCAAUGCAAAGGAUGUGGCCGUCUCCUAUUAUCACUUUUACCACAUGGCCAAGGUGCACCCUGACCCUGGCACCUGGGACAGCUUCCUGGAGAAGUUCAUGGAUGGGAAAGUGUCCUAUGGGCCAUGGUACCAGCAUGUGCAGGAGUGGUGGGAGCUGCAACACACCCACCCAGUGCUGUACCUCUUCUAUGAAGACAUGAAGGAGAACCCCAAAAGAGAGAUUCAGAAGAUCCUGGAGUUUGUGGGCCGCUCUUUACCUGAGAAGACCAUAGACUUAAUCACCCAGCACACAUCCUUCAAGGAGAUGAAGAAAAACCCUAUGGCUAACUAUACCACAUUACCUUCUGAAAUCAUGGACCACAACAUUUCCGCCUUCAUGAGAAAAGGGACCACAGGAGACUGGAAAAAUACUUUCACUGUGGCCCAGAACGAGCGCUUUGAUGCCCACUACGCUGACAAGAUGGCGGGCUGCAAGUUCACUUUCCGCUCUGAGAUCUGAAUGUGUCGUCAGGAGUCACUCCAAAGGAGUUUGACAAAACCUGACCAUGACCUCAAGAAUAAAAUAUAUAAAAUAUAUAAAAUG